AUGCCUGCCGAUGGCAGCAGCAACACAGCCGAAGAAGAAGCGGCCGAGGCCAUGGCAUCGCGCGGCGAGAGCGACACGGCCGCCGCGCAACGCGCCUACCGCCUGUUGGACGCAGAGCUGACCGCCGCCGCCGCCACCGCCGUAUCUCACGAUGGACCACCGCCGACAACGGCGUCUGUUGCUACUCUGUCUACUCUGUCUCGGUCGGCGGCGGGGGCCCUCCUCUCCUGGAUACGAUGCUCGACGGCCGGGAACGGCUUGAUCGUCGCGGACGGCGGCAAGGUGGCCACUUCGGACACGGUGGAGCGGCGGGAGCUGUGGGGCAAGCACGCCCCGCGGGUGCUGCAGCUGGUGAAGGAGUCCGGGGAAGACCCCUCGUCUGAUCCCGAGCUGCAACAGAUAUUCACUGAAGCCGUCAUGUAUUCCGUGGCGACGCAAGGCGUCGUCGAGGCCAUCGUGAGCGGUAAGAGAAAGUAG